CAACAGUCCACCCAAUUUGCGUUUCAGGACGAGCGUUAUAUACGGCAAUAUCGGGAGGAAACCGACAAAAUGCGAAAAGAAAUUAAAGAACUGAAGACAAGGUAGGGCUACUUUACUACACUUAACGAGAAAAUCGCUCGGUUAUGGGCUGCUUGCGGCGUCAUUGGUGCUUUCUGGAGGAUUAAAUUUCUGCUCGUGCGGGCGGGUGUCAUUUGUUUACGUGCAGACCACAUUGAUACUUCUGGAGUGUAAAAAAGUAUUUCAACUCUCUCUUCUCCACAGCGGCUCCAAGGCACGUGCUUGUUUGUUGUAAGGACAAUCCGCUGUAAAAAGUGGGUGCAAACGAGAAAUGUGGAUCUUUCGGCUUCUCAUGGGUUGAAAUUCCGUGUUGAAAUAAAGCGUCUGUGUGUCUGUCUGCCUCUGUAGUCGCUUUAUGCAGCGGAUACGAUCAUUUCUCUCUUAACGGAAACCUCUACAAGACUGACACCUCACUUAGACUAAAACGGACACCUAGAGUUUGUCCACGCCUUUCUUUACUACUUUUAGUCAGCUAUCUUUAAGGUGGACAUCUCACUGACACGUACACGUAGUGUCUGUUGCAAAGGUAUCUGUCCUAGAUAGAGUUGACUUUAUCAAAACAUUUCAGUAAGCCUCUGUGUAGUAGGCAGAUUUCAACUACGAACUUGUUCUUUUGGACAUUUUUCGCUCUCCGUUGAUAAGUUGAUCUAUUUAGUAUCAUUACCAUGGUCUGAUGAACACCAUUAACGUUUUUUAUUACAGUCCCAACCCAGUCAAGAUCGAUUUUUUUUGCCUAGUUCCACUUGUAAAAUGAGGCAACAUCACUCUGUGUGAGAGGAUAGGAACGCUCCGGAUGGAUAGGGAUAUAACCGACUUGAAAUUCCAAAGUUACACCCUUCUCGUUCUUGUAUUUGUAGAACAAGAGUUGAAAAAUCCUUUUUAAGUGUUGUGAUUCACGAACCUGGACAGAACAAAAAUUAAUGAUUUUUUUGUGACACACCCUUAGUAGUGGGUGGGAUGUUUUUCUCAAUCAGGUCAUUUAUCGUUUUCAGCGCAAAGAUAUUUCAAGGUGCAAAAUGCAGUGUGUGUUCCCGACCUUUGGAUUUGCCAGCAGUGCAUUUCCUUUGCCAGCAUUCAUUCCACCAAAUGUAAGUACAACGGGCUUUAUUUAAGAACUGAUUCAUGCUCAGCGUGCGUAUAUCGAGUUAUUGAUGCACACGGGAAGUUUAGAAAGCACGAGAGAAGCGUAAGAGUUCGCCGAGUACAACUCCAGCUUCUUGAGUGCUCCCCAGACUACCCGCAUGUUUAAUUAAUCUUUGGAACAGCUUUUCUCCCCUUUCAAAAAUGGUGUAUAAAAUGUUAAGGUGUUGGGCCUUGGGACACAUGUGUGCGAAAACAGUCGUCUUAGCGCAUUGAACUUGAGAUCUCGAAAUUGACGGGCCAAAAGCUUAGCCAUUUUUAAAAUGAUGACAUUUUCCCCGCAGCAGUGUGGUUAACUGAAGAAAGUGCGAUCAAGCCUGCAAAGAUAGCUUUCUAGGUUUUGCCUUUUCUGAAGGUCGUCCACAAAAACGAAUGCCAUAAGCACCGGCGUGCGUCUCUACACUGUGCCUUCAGAAUAUUAAUAUCUGACUUUUUUUAUUUUGCCAGCUGCUUUGAAGGAUAUGCUGAAUCAGAUAACGAAUGUCCAAUAUGCGCUCCUGAAAACAGGUACUUUAAAAAUUUUUAAUUCUGGGAGUCAGCCCAUCGAUCCUCGUUCCCAUGGAUAUUUAAACCUGGUUAACUAUUUGAACUAGCCAAGUGAAAUGGUUAUCUAUGUUCAUACAAUAUUGACAGCAAGGAGGCCAAAAGUGUGACCACUUUUAAUUUAUUCACAUUGUUUCGUACAGAUUUAAUCCAAUCAGAAGCCAGCUGGAAACUGUCCUCGACUUCUGAUUAGAUAAUAUCUGUAUGAAAGUAUGUGAGUUAAUUAAAGGAGGUCACACUUUUGGGCUCUUUGCUGUAAGACUAGAUUUAGAUUAGUCCAGGGGAAUGGUAAAUCCCUAUUUAAGCCAUUAUUAAACCAGGUUAAGUAACUCGACUAGUCCAGUGGAGUGGUAAUCGUAGAUUCAGAUUUCGUAGAUAAAAAAUAAAUGUGUGAAAAGGAACCUUUUGUAUAAUUGGUAUAGCUUAAAAGCCAUUAUACAGGUGAAGAUCAUUUGCGUCUCACGUCUAGGAGGAUUGUAACUCGUGGUGCAGUGCAAGACAACUUUACUAAACGUACUCCAAUAUACAAGUUCCUGCGUUACCUUGUAGUCAGCAGUAUGAGCAUUUGACACAUGCUCAGGAAGAAUCCGUUUUGUCGUCUUUUGGUAGUGUGUGGUUCGUGACUUUCAGUCGGCCAGCUUUGAUGCUGCACACUACAUAACUUCGGCGCUUACAAGAAGCUUUGUCGCGUGAUUUGAGUCCUACUCUCCAAGUCUGCUAGCCUGCGAGCAAGGUCUCCAAUUAUGCUCCUUUCGCGUACGGCUCUCGCGUGACUUCUUACGACUCCCCCAACUGGAGAGCUUGCUCGCAGGCUACAAGUCUGCCGGCAGUUUAGACUAGUUUGUUUCACGGCCAAGCUUCCACAAAUGUUUUUUCUUUGUUUGUUUUUGAACGUAUUCGUCGAGUCUUCUUCCAUAUUGACCUUUGUUGUUCACUUGACAGGAAAGUACUUGAUAUUAUACGACAACAAGAGCAGGCUAAAGAUAUUCACGAGCAGUUUCACCAUCAGGUAACCAAAAACAGUCGUUUUGUUUUAGAGUCGUUUCGCUUCUUAUCAAUGUCGAGUCAUCGUAGACUCAUGUCGUUACAACUCGUGGAGGUCUCUCAGCCACAUCUUAAUGCCAAUCCAAUGGUGAAGUGGUGUCUCGAGCGUUUUCUUAGCCGGUUCCAGACGUUCAGAUGGUAGAGCGCGGCGGUAAGUGGGGAGCGAGUUAAGUUGUAAACCGCGAAAACGGGGGGAGGGGCUCCCCCUUUCCCCCUCUAGUCUCCCCUCGUUUUUUUUUUUUUUCUUCGUGAAUUUUUAUCCGGCGCUCUACUAUCUGAACGCCUGGAACAUGCUAGCAUUUUCUCAACAAACCAUUUCCGAGUUCCAAAAACUCUCACUUUCAACACAAGGCUUCAUGCAAAACGAGUUUUAUUUGCAUGAGAAUUAAAAAAAAGUCAUUUUCAUAUCAAUGGUUACGCACUUCUCCUCGCUUUGAAACAGAGGCUUGGGUUAACUCAGAAACGACGUAUUGUUUGACCAAUUAAAACGGUCGUCGAGAAUUAGUACACCAAUCAGAACUUGAAGCAACUCUGACUUGUACCGGCGCCAAGCGCGGGAAAGCGCACGCGACCAAGUCGCGAUCGUUUUGCUUUUCACUUUUCAUAGGUCGAGAGGUUUCAACCAAUCCACAGUUUUAAGACACGGAUCUGAAGCAGACGUCGAAUUUUUUUUCUUGACGGUCGUGUGAUGUAACACGAUAUUUAGAGGAUGCAACAAUUCUCGCAGCGAGGUCUGACUUGGAUUUAGAAGCCGUUUUCGUAGGGAAUUAGUGGGACAUUUUCUGAUUAUCGUUUGCGCAAACAUCAUCUCAAUAAUCACCAUGUUUUGUUGGAUGUUGUACCGUAGGAUGUUGGUAUCAAUUAAUUGUGGCUUAAUUUGCAGCUUGAAAGAGCGCAAGAUGGAUUUUCUGUUGUCGCAGAAUACUAUGGUCGCGGAGUUUUUAACAAGGUUUGUCUAAAUGCUGAUGAUUACAUGCAAAUCAAUUUUUCUGUGGAGUAACAAAUCAUCAAGUGAAGAAUUUCUUUUUGUAACCAUGGUUCUAAAGUGUUUCGUGCGACCUUGAACUGCUGUCGGUAUUGGUCAGCAAAGGUCUCCCUGGCGCUACACAGAAAAGACAUGUAUUUGAACACAUUUUGAAGUGUAGUCAGGUUCAUUGUGUUUGAGCCCGAGUGGGGAAUUCAAUUACCCAUAGGUAGCAGUCUUUUUCCCUUGUAAACGUUUUUAAUCCAGCGAAAUUUUCCACAUUAGCCUCGGCUGCGAGCUACUUCCAGCUCUCCACUAAAAAUACAAACAUUGUUUAUCGCAUUUCUCGUUUUUCUCUUUCCCAGGUAACACUUGUAACCGACCACUCCGCCUCGCGGGGCCGUUUGUCCCAAGAAGCUGCUGUUGACCAGCGUGAAAGGCUCUUGGAUAGCUAG